GACGACUGACUGUCAAAAUUUGCAGUUUCCAAAGGAGGCGUUAAUUUUUUGUUUCGGAAAUAAUUUAGUGAAUAAAUCCAGCAAAAAUGAUAGCCUUGAUUAAUCGUAUCCUUGAUUGGAUAAAAAGUCUUUUCUGGAAGGAGGAAAUGGAGCUUACAUUAGUAGGGCUUCAAUACUCGGGAAAAACUACUUUUGUUAACGUCAUUGCUUCUGGACAGUUUAGUGAAGACAUGAUCCCUACAGUUGGUUUCAAUAUGCGUAAAAUCACCAAAGGACAAGUUACCAUCAAGGUUUGGGAUAUUGGAGGCCAGCCUCGGUUUAGGUCAAUGUGGGAAAGGUAUUGCAGAGGUGUCAAUGCUAUUGUUUACAUGGUGGACGCAGCAGACCCGGACAAGAUCGAGGCGUCGCGCAACGAGCUGCACAGCCUGCUGGAGAAGCAGCAGCUCACGGGCAUCCCCGUGCUGGUGCUGGGCAACAAGCGGGACCUGCCGCACGCGCUGGAUGAACACGGACUCAUUGAGAGGAUGAACCUUUCAGCGAUCCAAGACCGCGAGAUCUGCUGCUACUCGAUCUCUUGCAAGGAGAAGGACAACAUCGACAUCACGCUGCAGUGGCUCAUCGCACACAGUAAAUCAGGCAGCUCGCGUUAACUCACGGCACCAGCACACAUCCCUGUUGGGGGCAAUUGUCUCAGUUUAACGAUAUUGUGGAAGAUUGGUGAUACAGGUCAGUAAGUUUGGUUGUAUUGUACCCCACUCAUUCAUUGGUCAGUUACUACUUCUGGUUAGGUGGGAUUGUUGUGUAAGCACAGAUUUUGUAAUUUACGUAAGCGAAAAAAAAACGACUUUCUUCUGUCAUCUGCGGCUUACAUCUUCUUCGUAUGUUUUAUGAUGACGCAUUUUGUAUGCAACAACGGUAACUUUAGUAGUUUACGUAGAAUAUGAAAAUCUGUUAUACUAAAGAUACUAUUCAAUCAAAAAAGACAAUGAAGAAAGAAUAU